GUUUCUCUGAAAAUCAGAGUCGUUUUUGAAAACUACUCUAAGUGCCUAGAGUAAAAAAAUUGAUGUUUUUUUUUACUCUGAUUAUAUCAGAGUAACCAUUUGUACCCCUCUGAGGGUUAGUGUACAGGGGGUAUACCUAUAGAUUUCCCCUGUACCCUGUACCUGGCCUUGCCCCAAUAUCCCGCAAUACGCUAGUGAGGAAUGGGACAGGAAUUUGGAGGCUAUGGUUGACGCUGGUCCUGUCGCCGAACCUUCAGUUGUACCUGUUGUCACUGCAUCAACCCCAGCGUCCACAUCAACGGCAUCAACUCCUGCCUCAACUCCUGCGUCCGCCUCAGAAAAGAAGCGUCGCUUCAACCAGACUUAUCUCCCCAAGUUUCUGCAGAGCUAUGACGAGAAUGGAGGAAAGGUGGUGGUGCACGGCGCGGAUGACGACGGGCGCCCGGUUUCGCACAGUUUCAAGCUCGUGGAGAGCUCCCUGCCCGGUCACAAGUACGGUGGCACCAAGGCGGCCUGCAUCACGCUGUGCACCGCCUUUGCUGAAGACACCGUGCAGAACCUGAACCAGAGGAUCGAUGCUGCCAAGGGCAAGGAGCAUGAUGAGUCAGAGGAGGAUAGUGGCUCUUGUGAGAGUGCCUCAGAGGGAGACGAGGAUGAGCAUGGUGACUAAUGUAUGUAUGUGUAUUUGAAAUGGAACGUACGUCUAUCCGUCUAUCACAAAACC